UAAUUCUCCCGAAGAAAAAGGUGAAUGGCAGCUUCUUUAUGCGUUUCCUCUGUAAACAAAAAGGAAGAGACGACGUGCGAGUGCGAGCUUCUCUUGCACAAAUCCACCCAGUCAACACAUAAGUUUCCAACCCGGUGUCCGUCUCCAUCCAUCCUCGUCGUUAUUUUACGCCAGAAUGCCAGCGAAUGGUCGUCCCCCGAAUUCCACACAGCUCACACCUGAGCUCAUCUUCAAGGACAGAGCUCAACUCCACCCACUAAUUGUUCCAUUCCUCGUUCUUUAAUUCUCUGUCGUCCUCCUCGCCUUCUUCUUCUUCUUCUUCUUCUUCUUCUUGAUUUUCGGUGCUCCCCAGUCGACCAAUACGUGUUUCUUGAAUCACCAUUUCACUUGGGGUGGCACCAGCAUCAUUCUCUUUCUAAGAAUCCUACACUUUGUCAAAUCAGGACUAGAAACUUUGGAAAUUUUUUGGUUUGCAAUUCAAUGGGUAAAGGAGGCGGUUGUGUGCCGAGCAAGAAAAGAUCUGUCGAGUCCCCUGAUCAAGAUCCUCCAAACCCAGAAAGGGACGGUCCUGUUCCUGCCCAGGAGCGAGCCCCGCCAGCAGCAGCAGAAGUCACUGCCCCGGUCACGGAGAACAAUGCGCAGACGACCAAGAAGCUGAGAAUUUUCAUAAUCUUUUACUCAAUGUACGGACACGUGGAGCUUCUGGCGAGGAGGAUCAAGAAGGGCGUGGACUCAAUUGAUGGGCUCGAGGGCGUUCUUUACAGGGUGCCGGAGACGCUGACGUCGGAGGUUCUGGAGCAGAUGCGGGUCCCGCAGAAAGAUGAUGAAGUGCCCGUUAUAUCCGCGGAGAAAUUGGUGGAAGCUGAUGGGUUGUUGUUCGGGUUCCCGACCAGGUAUGGGUGCAUGGCCGCGCAGAUGAAGGCCUUCUUCGAUUCGACUGGGGGGUUGUGGCGAGAGCAGAGGCUGGCCGGAGUGCCUGCCGGGUUCUUUGUGAGCACCGGCACUCAGGGCGGAGGGCAAGAAACCACGGCAUGGACAGCAAUUACUCAAUUAGCACACCACGGAAUGCUCUAUGUGCCAAUUGGGUACACUUUCGGGGCUGGAAUGUUUAAGAUGGAUUCCAUAAGAGGAGGUUCUCCAUAUGGUGCUGGAGUAUUUUCUGGUGAUGGCACAAGGGAACCGAGCACGACCGAGCUGGCCCUUGCCGAGCACCAAGGCAAGUACAUGGCCUCAAUUGUUAAGAGAUUCGCCAUACCCUGUUAAUAUAUAUGGAAAUAGAUCAUUCAAAGCACAUUUUGUGACAUUGCAUUCUCUUGUGCGAUUUGUAUCUGUCUUUUGCUUGGGGAUCAGAAAUGUAUUAUUUGAUUCUUGUUAGAUCACCUGUUCCACACUCAUCUGGGUAUGGAAGUCUGUUUGAUAUGGUCCCUCUGUAGCUCAGUUGAAAUUUUUGUGUUUGAUUUUAUUGUAAACAGUUGAAUUAAAAUGCUAUUCAGUAUAGUCUCCAAUUCGAUA